AUGAUAUUCGAGAGAAAAGUUCUGCGGAAAAUUUUUGGCCCGAUAUUCGAUAGGCAAACGAAUGAAUGGAGAAAACUUCAUAACGUGGAACUCCAAGGACUUUUCCAGAGGCCGAAUACAGUUAGAGAGAUCGCCAAGCGGAAACUAAGUUGGGCAGGACAUGCUUGGCGAAAACAGGGUACUUUGAUAAAAUGGGUGAUCGAGGAAGAGCCUAAUGGAAAAAGCCCAUUAGGUAGACCUAAGUUAAGAUGGGAUGAUGGUGUGAAGAGAGAAGUGGAAAAGAUAGAGCCUGGUGUCAAAUGGAGAGAAGUANAAUAAGUUGGGCAGGACAUGCUUGGCGCAAACAGGGUACUUUGGUAAAAUGGGUGAUCGAGGAAGAGCCUAAUGGAAAAAGACCACUAGGUAGACCUAAGUUAAGAUGGGAAGAUGUUGUGAUGAGAGAAGUGGAAAAGAUAGAGCCUGGUGUCAAAUGGAGAGAAGUAGCGGAGGACAGGGAUAGAUGGCAAAGUUUAGCGUUUUCAGGAUGGUCUUAA